CCUCGGGGGGGGGCCUCUGGCGGCGGCCAUGGCCCUGUCCGCGGCGCGGCCGUUCCUGGCCGAAGGCGGUUACGGGGAGCAGGAGAUGGACGCCAAUUCCGCUCUGAUGGAGCUGGACAAAGGAUUAAGGUCAGGCAAACUCGGCGAGCAGUGCGAAGCAGUUGUUCGUUUCCCGAGGCUGUUCCAAAAGUACCCAUUCCCAAUCCUUAUCAACUCGGCUUUUCUCAAACUUGCGGAUAUCUUCCGAGUUGGAAAUAAUUUCCUACGGUUGUGCGUGCUGAAAGUGACUCAGCAGAGUGAAAAACAUUUGGAGAAAAUUUUGAAUGUCGACGAGUUUGUGAAACGGAUCUUCUCGGUGAUUCACAGCAACGACCCAGUGGCCAGAGCCAUCACUCUGCGAAUGCUGGGAAGUAUGGCUUCAAUUAUCCCCGACAGGAAGAAUGCACAUCAUAGCAUUCGCCAGAGUUUAGAUUCCCAUGAUAAUAUUGAGGUAGAAGCUGCUAUUUUUGCUGCUGCCCAUUUCUCCGCACAGUCCAAAGAUUUUGCUGCAGGAAUUUGUAACAAAAUUGCUGAGAUGAUUGAAGGUCUGGCCACACCGGUAGAUCUGAAGUUACAGCUGAUUCCCAUCCUGCAGCACAUGCACCACAACGCCACCCUCGCCUCCACUACCCGGCUCCUCCUCCAGCAGCUGGUGACAUCUUACCCUUCCACCAAGAUGGCGAUAGUCACCCUGCACACCUUCACACAGCUAGCUGCAUCUUCACUGAUUGAUAUCCCAAAGCAAAUUCAGCUUUUGCUGCAGUAUUUGAAAGAAGAUCCAAGAAAAGCUGUGAAGAGGCUCGCCCUUGAGGAUCUGAAGUUGUUGGCUAAUAAAACGCCACAUAUGUGGACCCGAGAAAACAUUCAGGCAUUGUGUGAAUGUGCCCUUCAAACCCCCUAUGACGGCCUGAAAUUGGGGACACUCUCUGUCCUAUCCACACUAUCGGGUACCAUCGCUAUAAAACAGUACUACUAUAAUUCACAAGGAAGUGCUGCAGCUCCAGUGCAACCUACUGAUCUGAUGAAGCUCGCACAAGAGUGCUGUUACCAUAGUAAUGGUGCUAUUGCAGCCCAUGGGGUCACGGUUUUAACAAAUGUCGUAGCUUCCUGUUUGGAGAAAGAUCUCUCAGCUUUGGAACAAGAUGCAGUUUGUGCAUUGGAGUCUAUUCUGGUUCUUUGCAGCCAGGAUAGUAGUAAAGAAGCACAGAAUGUUUUAAAGACAGCGUUCACUUGUAUGGUGAAGCUGGUGCGUUGUCGCUCCCACCUGAGCCAGUCAGUGGUAGAGUCGUUACUGUCUCAGCUACACACCGCGCAGGAUGCUGCCAGGAUACCCAUGUGCCAUUGCCUCGCAGCUAUCGCCGUGCAGCUGCCCGUCUUGGGAGAAGGAAUGCUCGGAGAGCUGAUGGAGCUGUAUCAGAAGAUUGGAUCCUCGUCGACAGACAAGCAGCAAGAACUUCUGAUGAAGGUAUCCACGGAGGAAUUCCGAAGCCUAGCAACACGCUACCACGACCUUUAUCAGUCCUCCUUUGAUGCUGACUCAGCCACUUUGAGAAACGUCGAGUUACAGCAGCAGAGUUGCCUGUUGAUUUCUCACUCUAUUGAAGCACUAAUCCUCGAUCCAGAAUCUGCCAGGUGACACUAUUUCCGAUUGUAGAAUAAGAAUGUGUUACGUACAGUCAAGCAUCCUCUUUUCAAAUAUUCAGCGCAGGGGCCAGCACAUUGUCAUCACUUUUGGGACCUGGAUGUGAAUCCAGCCCAGUCUAAUGGCAUAAAAGUCUCGUCUAUUGACUGUAACUGGAUUUGGCCAAUCUCAACAUAGUCCUGAGUGGGUGUAAACCAAACACAGUUGUCAAAACAUUACCAGUACAUUGGGUAACUCAUUUUAUAUAGUGGGCAAAAGUAUGGCUGUUGUGGGAGGUGGAAAAUUUC